UUACUUACAACAACAAAAAAAUACUCCCACGAACCAAUAGGGAAAGUCCCAGUCCACCAAAAGAGCAGACGGACAUGUCGCAGCUGAGCCCUGCUGGCCGCCUGGCCGCGACGUUUCUCCUCAUCAUCCUUGCCGCCGCAGCAGCAAUCUCAGCUCAACAAGUCCCACAAGUCCCAGGUCCUCAUGACCCACAAGCCUCAGGCUGCCAGAAUGACAUCGACGCACUGUGGCGCAGCUGCAAGCAGUUCGUCCAGAAGGACGGGCCCGAGCAGCCUCCGUCCGAGGGCUGCUGCAAAACCCUCAAGGCUACAGAUGCCGAUGCGCCCUGCAUCUGCGACUAUCUGAGCUCCCCCGACGCCAAGGACAAACUAAGCAUGGAGAAGGUGUUCUACGUUACCAAACACUGCGGAAUCACCAUCCCUAAGGGCUGCGGAUUAAAGCAGGUGGCCUAAAGAACGAACUGGCCGAAUCUGUAAGGAGGAAGUUGGCUAACAUACGCAAGACAGCUACAAAUACUUAAAGCAAUAAAUAAAGUUGGUCAACUAUUGGUUUGAUGAUGUUUGAGUACAAGAACUGUACCAUUAUUCACAUAUAUAAACUCUAGUUCAUUACAUAAUAUAAAUCUGUAUGAAAACCGAAAAACAUUGAUGGCUCAUGGGACUGCUGAAGAGGCUUAUUUUCUUCCUACCAUCCAGUUUCUGAUUCAAUAUAAACAAAAGCAAAAAGGAACAAGUACAAAUAUCCAUAUUCAAAA